AUGCAAGACGACUCUCGUAUAGAUUUAACUUGUUUGUUGAAUACGUCUUCUAACGGACAGCCACCUACUGAAGAUAGUAUCACAAACUUACUUUCAAGUAGAUACAAACGGAACCAACCUUACACCCGUUCAGGUCACUUGAAUUUGAUCGUCGUAAACCCAUAUCAACCACUGGAGAUCUUGAACGACGCAACCCUUCGAUCUUACGCCGAUGUUGGAUAUAGAAAUGUUAUCGAAAAUAAACAUUUCAUGCAGCCCCAUGUUUAUGAUCUAGCUGCGAGGGUUUACUUCCAUAUGCGAAGAACAGGUGAAGAUCAGAGUAUUAUAUUGAGUGGUAUUACUGGUUCAGGAAAGAGUAUAACUAGAUCCCACCUGUUGAAUCAAAUUCUAUUAUUAUCGACUCACUCCAAGAAAGAAAACAAGCUUCAACAGCAAAUCCGAAAUUCUCUGGUCAUUUUGGAAGCAUUUGGACACUCAAAAACCACCCAAAACUCAUCUGCUUCGAAAUAUGGCAUGUUCCAAGAACUCCAAUUCUCUGAAAGGGGUAGAAUUCUCGGUGCAAAAACCCUUACUUAUGCUUUCGACAAAUCCAGAGUGACAACAAUCCCCAACAAUGAAAGAACGUUUAAUGUAUUCUAUUCUCUACUAGCUGGCACAUCUCCAGAAGAGCAAACUGCAUUACACAUUAAUUUCUCCCCUGAAUCAUUCAACUACCUGAAUCAAUCCAAGCUAAUCAAGGUGCCUGAGAUUAAUGAUGAGAUUGCAUUUGCUGAUCUCAAAAGCUCUCUCAAAGUGUGUGGCUUCAAGGCAAAAACCGUUACUCAGAUCUUUCAACUUUUGGCAACCAUUCUUCACAUUGGUAACCUGCAAUUUCAAGAUGAUCACGAUGCUGGCAACUUGGCUCAAGAGGCAUGCUGUGUCAAGAAUAAUGAUGUGCUGGAAGUCGUUGCUGUGAUGUUAGGUGUAUCUCCCACUAAACUUGAGCAAUCCCUGACUUACAAGCUGAGAUUGAUCAGAAAGGAACUUUGUACCAUGUUUUUGAAUACCCAGGGUGCUGCUGAACAAAGAGAUGCUUUAGCUCGGGCUCUCUAUCAUGUAUUGUUCCUGUGGAUCGUGGAAUCGCUCAAUACAAAGAUCUGUUACAACGAUGGUGAACCAGCAAACUUUGUCGGCAUUUUGGAUCAGUUUGGCUUCCAAAAUUUCAAAUCAAAUGGAUUCGAGGAGUUCUGCGCCAAUUUUGCAAAUGAAAGAGUACAUCAAUUCAUCAUCGAUCAGCGUUUCAGCGACUCUGAGGGUUUGAAUGCCAUUAUGGUGCGAGAUGGUCUGACCCUUCCCAAGGUGAUUACCAUGGACAAUGCUGGCUGUUUAGAGCUGCUCAUUGGCAAGGAGCAAGAUCAUACACGUGAGAAGAACGUAAACAAGUCAGCCGCACUUGGUUUAGGUGGUAUUGUCGGGGCCAUGGACCGAGAUUGUGCCAAAUAUCAAACUGGUGCUACAGAUGCCACAAACGCUAAUUUCCUAGCUAAUGUGCAGCGUUCAUACGGGUCUCAUUCCUCGUUCUCCAAGUCUGGACAUGCCUAUUCGUUCGGUAUCAAUCACUUCUCGGGUUCCGUCCAUUACACAGUCGAUUCAUUUUUGGAAAAGAAUUUGGACGAUCUUUCACCCGACUUUGUCAGCCUCUUGCGUGAUAACAGCACGAAUACGUUUGUAUCCACCUUAUUUGAGAGUUCCGCUAUGGCAACAGAAUCUCAUCCCAAAGAUGACCGCACUAUUGUCAAGGCGCAACUGACCAGCAAACCCACUCGUGCACCCUCCAUGAAGAAGCCCAACAAGCGCCGCAACAACACCACUGCCGCGACGGAUGCUGCCAACAUUCCCAUUCCAGAAGGAGCCGAACCAGAUGCAGAGGAGAUCAGAAAGCAAAAACUCAUCAAAGACGCCGAAGACGCCUAUCAAAAUAUGCAAGUUACAACUGUCAUGGACCAGCUUUAUAUGACGUUGCGAGAUUUAUUUUACACCAUGGCAGAUACCCGUAUUUAUAACAUUAUUCACAUUAGACCGAAUGAUACCCAAUCUCCUGAUGUAUUCGAUCCCAAGAGAGUCAAGGCUCAGGUCCGCGCAUUUUUGCUGCCUGACUUGACCUGUCGCAGUGCUGUAGACUAUGCCAAUUACUAUACCUUUGCUGAAUUUCUGGUGCGCUACGAAGGCUUGGUUACUUCCCUACAAAUCGACCACACCAAAUCCGAGAAAGAGCAGGUGGAAGAUGUGCGCUCCAUCAUGAACUGGACUGAACCUCAAGCCUUUGUUGGUCAUGAUAUGAUUUGGAUUGCUUACGAUACCUGGAAAGAACUGGAAGACGGCUUGCGUGCUGCUGAAAAGGAAGAGCGUGAUCGCGCCAAGGGUUUGGACUCCAAGCAGGAACUACUGAACCAAAGUCCAGAUGCUCGUCCUGGCAUGAUUGCUGGUGAUGUGCCUCCUACUGGUUACUAUCAAGACAGUCAAGAUCGUUUGCUGCCUAUUGGUGGUGGCUACGUGGAUGAUGGUUUGGGUCAUGCCAGAGCAUUUGAAGACGGUGCAAGUUAUAUGGACAGCGAGGAUGGCAUGAAGCGAGACAUGGAAGGCAGUCAGUGGGGAGAAGAAUCUGAAUGGGGCAUGAAGGGACUCUCUGAUGGAUUUGGCCCCAACAUGGAUAUGAGCAAAAUGGUUGAAGAUUAUCACACGCCUCAGCAUGAAUCAGUUGAAGAGAUGCCUAUUACAGCAGUGCGUAUCUGGUGGAUCCGAUUUGUCUGGUUGAUGACUUGGUGGAUUCCUUCUCCUUUCUUGCGUUGGUUUGGCAAGAUGAAGCGUGAAGAUGUUCAGAUGGCAUGGCGUGAAAAGGUGACACUCUGUAUUAUUAUUCUCUUCUUUUCUGCAAUCACUAUUUUCGUUAUUAUCGGCCUCGGCGAAGUCAUCUGUCCUGGUACCCGUAACAUGUACUCUACUGCCAAUGUUCAAGCACACGGUAUUUCCGACGACAUGUUUGUCAGCGUGCGUGGUGAGGUGUAUGAUAUUACCAACUUUGCAAAGAGCCAACACGGCGCCUCUUCUUACAUUGGUACUCUCGACCUGAUGACUGAAGUUGCAGGUCUCGAUGUCUCGUACUCUAUUCCUCCUCCAUUGACAAUGGCUUGUGCUGGUUUGGUGACUUCGCCUACCAUCAAAGUGAUUCCAAACAACACAAUCGUCCUCGCUAACUUUGUACACAACUCUGGCGAUCAGCUCACCGUUGCUACGCUAACCAAGAUGCAAGAUCCCCGUUGGUAUUGGAAUUACUUUUUGCCUACCAUGAGUCUAUACAAAAAGGGUAAGGUGGUUGUCCCUGUCAAGCAGCUUCAUGAUGAUUAUCAGAGUUGGAGUCGCUUGGCCCUUGCUAUCAACGGCAGGGUCUACGAUAUCAACGACUACAUGGCUACCUCUAAAAUCUACGAUUCUGGUUCUACUGCAAGUGACUAUCACUUUCUCCAUCCCACGAUUGAAGAGAUCUUUAGCAAGUUCAGCGGCACAGAUGCUACCGACAAAUGGAAUCAGUACCGUGGCUCCAUGACGCCUGAACAGCAAGAGAUGAACAUGGCCUGUCUCGACAAUUUCUUCUACAUUGGUGAUGUCGAUGAGCGUGAGUCUGCUAGAUGUAUGUUUACAAACUACAUGCUCCUUGCUGCCGCUAUUCUGAUGUGUACCGUGAUCGUUGUCAAAUUCCUGGCUGCUCUGCAAUUCGGUGGUGCUCCUACACCUGAGGACCAUGACAAGUUUGUCAUUUGCCAAGUGCCUUGUUAUACUGAAGAUGAAGAAUCUCUCAAAAAGACCAUUGACUCGCUUACUGUGAUGAACUACGAUGACAAGCGCAAGUUGCUCUACAUUAUUGCUGAUGGUAUGAUCAUGGGUAGCGGCAAUGACCGUCCUACUCCUCGUAUUGUGCUGGAUGUGUUGGGCUAUGAUACCAAGAACGAUCCCGAGCCAUUGAUGUUCAAGUCUAUUGGUGAAGGCUCCAAGCAGCUAAACUAUGGUAAGGUCUAUUCUGGUCUCUAUGAAUGCGAGGGUCAUGUCGUGCCUUAUGUUGUUAUCGUCAAGGUCGGUAAAGCCUCUGAGCGUGCCAAGCCUGGUAACCGUGGUAAACGUGAUUCCCAAAUGAUCUGUAUGAACUUUUUGAACAAGGUCCAUUUCGAUAGUGAAAUGACACCUCUUGAGCUCGAAAUGUACCAUCAAAUUAAGAAUGUCAUUGGUGUAAAUCCCUCCUUUUACGAGUACAUUCUCAUGGUUGAUUCUGAUACUGAGGUCAUGCCUGAUGCGCUGAAUCAUAUGAUUUCCCGUAUGCUCCACGAUGGUCGUAUUAUUGGUCUCUGCGGUGAAACCAAGCUGGUAAAUGAAGAUCGUUCAUGGACAACUAUGAUUCAGGUGUAUGAAUACUACAUCUCGCAUCAUUUGGCCAAGGCAUUUGAGUCGUUGUUUGGCUCUGUCACUUGUUUGCCUGGUUGUUUCUGUAUGUAUCGUAUCCGUACGCCUGUCAAGAACGAGCCUUUGAUCAUCUCUCCCAAGAUCAUCUACGACUAUUCUGAUAACCACGUUGAUACCCUGCACAAGAAGAACUUGCUGCAUCUUGGUGAAGAUCGUUACUUGACUACACUGAUGAUGAAGCACUUUCCUCAGUACAAGAUGAAGUUUACUCCGCAUGCCCAGUGUAAGACGGUAGCUCCUGAUCGCUGGCAGAUUCUCCUCUCGCAGCGUCGUCGUUGGAUUAACUCUACCAUUCACAACCUGUUUGAAGUCGUCUUGCUGCCAGAUCUCUGUGGUUUCUGCUGUUUCUCUAUGCGUUUCGUUGUGCUGAUUGAUUUGAUCGGUACACUGACACUGCCUGUCUCUGUCGUCUACUUGGUAUAUCUUAUCUAUGUCAUUGCCUCUAAAUCUGGUCCUAUUCCAGUGCUCGCUUUGGCCAUGUUGGCUGGUAUCUAUGGUCUGCAAGCCAUUUUGUUUAUUCUCAAGCGUCAAUGGCAACACAUUGGUUGGAUGAUCUUUUACAUUCUUGCUAUUCCUGUGUUCUCCUUCUUCUUGCCCAUCUACUCGUUCUGGCAUUUCGACGAUUUCUCAUGGGGUAAUACGCGUGUGGUUGUUGGCGACAAGAAACAAAAGAAGAUUAUCGUGGCUGAUGACGAGAAGUUUGACGAAAAGAUGAUUCCUCUCAAGAAAUGGAGUGUCUAUGAACAGGAACUCUGGGAAAUGGGCUCCACUGGCAGCAAGGAAACUGGCAUUACUGGCAACACUUACAGAAGUCACCAAACAUACGGUUCUCGUGGCAAUCAGUCUGGCAUGUAUGACAGCCGCACGCAAUACGGUGGCAGCCAAGCUGGUGGAGAGUAUGACUAUUACCGUGAUACUAACGUCUCUGGUUAUGAGAGACAACAACGUGCUGGCGGUGGACCUCGCUCUCAUAGCCCUAUGGGUUUUAAUGGCUCUGUGGUCGGCCCUGGAUCUGAAUACGGAGGUGCUGCUACUCAAGACUUUAUGAUGACACCACCUAUGCCUCGCGGAUCUCAAGCCAUGUCAGUGCACAGCUUUGGGCCUGAGUAUGCUGCUAGUGGCCAUAUGACUCCCAUGAUGAGUAACGCCAGCUUCAUGAUGGGCGGACAGCAAGACAGAGCAAGUAUGAUGUAUGAUAAAUCGAGCGGCAUGAUGGGCCAACAGCCCAUGAUGAUGGGCAAUCAAAGUGAAUACGAGAUGCCUAUGCGUCCCAUGAGUCAAUUCUCGAUUCCUUUAUCUCAAGGCGGUAUGCAGCCAAUGACUCCACCUGGCUUCCCUACAGACGAUGAAAUUUUAUCAGAAAUUAGAAAUAUACUUCAGACAGCCAAUUUGAUGAGUAUAACCAAAAAACAAGUUCGAGAGCAAUUAAGCGCCUUCUUUGGGUUUGACAUGACUCCUAAAAAAGAAUACAUUAAUACUAGCAUUGAAUACAUCUUACAGGGUCGUCUCUAG